UCUUCCGGGCGCACACUCGGCAGCUGGCUGUGGUACAGCUCCUCCCUCCUGUGUGGUGGCUUUCCCGACCAACGAUCCUUGGACGUUAACAGUUUCGCCGAGGAGCACUUUUUCUCUCUCCUCCCCCCCAAACCAACAGACGGACAAUCGAGGCGUCAUAGGUUCCAUAUCGACCUGAGAGAAGGGAGUGUCGGAUAAGGUCUUCAACCGUCCUCCACCCCCAAAAUCUCUGUCAGCUAUGGAGACUUGGGCUGGCUUGUGCCCAGGCUCUCACUUAUCUCUGGGUAUGUGGGUGAUGAUAGCCGCCCAUGCGCUACUGAAUGUCAAAGCGGAGAUAACUUGUGCAUCUUGCCCGUCGCCAGUUCAACUUCGCCGGGAGGAAUUACAGCUGGGUAUACGCACCGACCCGACAGAGGAGGCGAGCACCCUAAAAAGCAUCCGAGUAGAGUUUAGGGAACUCGGGUUUGCCGACCACAGUGCUGGAAUGGAUGGCGACAACGAGACAGGCGUGUCACCAGAGGAUGCCCCCCACUUUAAUCAGUUUGCCACUUUGGAUGGAGUUAGUACACAGGACGAUGCCCCCAGCUUCAGUGAAGAAAGUGACCGCGGCAGCGAUCCGCCGGAGACGGGUGAGGACGCUGCCCUCCAGAGAGCGAAGAGAAGCGGUCCUGAGUUUGCCGAGUUCACUGAGAGCGGGCUGACCGGCCGGACCGACGCGGCUGUGGGUGCUCCCGAGGACCGUGGCUCUAUGUUGGACGGGCACAGGCAAGGCAGGUCCGGGUUCAGAUGGAACAGGGACGAAGGGAGAGGGAAUAACAGGCAGGAUGAGCCCAAGAUCACCAGCAGCACUUUCGCUCUGACAGGGGACUCUGCGCAUAACCACGCGGUGGUCUACUGGUCAGGACAGAACAGCAGCGUGAUCCUGAUUCUAACGAAGCUCUACGAUUUUCACAUCGGCAGUGUCACUGAGAGCACGCUUUGGAGAUCCACUGACUACGGCUCCACGUAUGAGAGAAUGAAUGACAAAGUCGGAUCUAAGACGGUCCUGAGUUACCUUUACGUCUGUCCCACUAACAAGAAGAAGAUCAUGGUGUUGACCGAUCCGGAGUUUGAGAGCAGCGUGCUCAUCAGCACUGAUGAGGGAGCUAGUUACCAGAAGUACCGCCUCACUUUCUACGUCCUGAGCCUUUUAUUCCACCCCACCGAAGAGGACUGGGCCUUAGCUUACAGUCACGACCAGAAGUUGUACAGCUCAGUAGAUUUUGGAAGAAAAUGGCAGCUCAUCCACGAUCACGUCACGCCGAACAGAUUCUACUGGUCUGUCGCGGGUCUAGACAAGGAGCCAGACCUGGUGCACAUGGAAGCUCACACACCCGAUGGAAAUGUGCAGUAUGUGACGUGCAGAGCUCAGAUGUGCACAGACACAAACAGGAACUAUCCGUUCUCUGGAUACAUUGACAUCAGCUCCUUGGUGGUUCAGGAUGACUACAUAUUCAUACAGGUUCCUACAUCAGGACGAGCCACCUAUUACGUGUCCUACAAGAGAGACUCAUUCAUACAAAUCAAACUGCCAAAAUAUUCCCUGCCUAAGGAUUUACACAUCGUCAGCACGGACGAGAAGCAGGUGUUUGCGGCGGUGCAGGAGUGGAACCAGAACGACACGUAUAACCUCUACCUGUCUGACACCAGAGGGAUCUACUUCACCUUGGCCAUGGAAAAUGUCAAGACCACAAGGGGCAUCGGAGGGAACCAAAUGUUGGACCUGUACGAGGUGGCAGGAAUUAAAGGCAUUCUAAUCGCCAACAAGAGGCAAGACAAUCAAGUGAAGACCUACAUCACCUAUAAUAAAGGCCGGGAUUGGAGACUCCUGCAGGCUCCUUCUUCAGAUCUGGAAGGCAUUGACAUCCACUGCAUACUGCCUUUUUGUUCCCUCCAUCUCCAACUGCAAAUGUCAGAGAACCCGUACUUGUCGGGAACAAUCUCCACCAAGAGUUCUGCACCGGGGAUCAUAGUUGCCACAGGAAAUAUUGGAGCCGAGCUGUCUUACAACAACGUUGGCAUGUUCAUCUCAUCUGAUGCUGGGAAUAGCUGGAGACAGAUUUUUGAAGAAGAGCACAAUGUGUGGUUUCUGGAUAAAGGAGGCGCCCUUGUCGCUGUGAAACAGCCGUCAGUGCCAACCAGACAUUUGUGGGUCAGCUUUGACGAGGGGCGGCAGUGGACUCAGCACAGCUUCUCCUCUGUGCCUCUUUUCGUGGACGGAGUCUUGGUGGAGGCUGGAGCCGAGAACCAGAUCAUGACCUUUUUUGGACACUUCAGCCAUCGCUCUGAAUGGCAGCUCAUUAAGAUAGACUACAAAUCCAUCUUCAGCAGGAAAUGCACAGAGGAGGACUAUCAAACCUGGCACCUGCACAACCAGGGUGAGCCGUGCGUGAUGGGACAAAAACAGAUUUAUAUGAAACGCAGGCCUGGGAACUACUGCAUGCUGGGAAAAGACUACUCCAGAAUCCUCUCAGCUGAGUCCUGCAUUUGCAGAGCUCAUGACUUUGAAUGUGAUUAUGGAUAUGAGCGGCGGGGUGACGGGAACUGCCGACCUGCCUUCUGGUUCAAUCCUUCCACCGUGUCCAGUAGCUGCAGCCAGGGUCAAAACUACUUCAACAGCACAGGGUACCGUAAAGUGGUGUUGAACAACUGCACGAAAGGAGUUAAGGAAAUGUACACGGCCAGGAAGCAGCAGUGCCCCAACAGAUCUCCGAAAGGACUCCUGCUGACCACUAAAGAUGGCAAACUCACCGCCAACCUGGACAGCAACGUCACUUUCCUGGUUCAUCUGGAUGAGGGGGACUCCUUGCGCACGAACAUCCAGCUAGACUUCGGUGACGGCACCGCCGUGUCAUACUCCAACCUGAGCUGGACCGAGGAGGGCAUCAAACAUGUCUACAAGUCUGCUGGAAUCUUCCGUGUUACCGCGCUGGCGGAGAACGCGCUGGGUUAUGACAGCACAACGCUCUACCUGCACGUCACAUGUCCAGUGGAGCAUGUCCAACUUCUCACCCCAUUUGUGGUCAUAAGAAACAAGGAGGUGAACAUCACGGCAGUGGUCUUACCGAGCCACUCACGCACUGUCACUUACUUCUGGUGGUUAGGCAACAACACUGAGCCGGUGAUAACGUUGGAUGGGAGCAUCUCAUACACCUUUUCGAGCGAGGGAAUGCACACCAUCACAGUCCAAGUGGCUGCAGCCAACACCAUACUGCAGGAUACCAAGACCAUAGCAGUCAAAGAAUUCUUCAAAUCUCUGCUUUUAUCUUUCUCGCCUAAUCUGGAUGAGUUCAACCCCGACAUACCCGAGUGGAGGCAGGAUGUGGGGAGAGUAAUUAAGAAGGCUGUGCUUCAAGUAUCUGACUUCCCGGAGGAGAAGCUCUUAGUUGCCGUGUUCCCGGGGGUCCCGACAGCUGCUGAGCUCUUCCUGUUACCUCACAAGAACCAAUCAGAGGGCAAGAAAAAGAGUGAGGAAGAGCUGGAGCGGGCGUCUGACAUAAUCGUAAGUGCGCUGAACCAAAACCUGGUGGAGUUCGAGUUGAAGCCCGGAGUAAGGGUGAUUGUGUACAACACACAGCUAACUCUGGCACCCUUGGUGGACUCCAGCCCCAGACACAGCAGCUCAGCAAUGCUCAUGCUCCUAUCGGUGGUGUUCCUGGGCCUAGCGGUGUUCCUCAUCUACAAAUUUAAGAGAAAAAUACCAUGGAUCAACAUAUACGCUGAGGUGAACCAGGAGAAAGAGCAGGAGAUGAUUGGCUCGGUGGGCCAAGGCGACAGCACGCCAAAAAUCACACUGAGUGAGUUCUCCACAUCCAAAGAACUCAUGGAGAAGGAGCUGGAUGCCAGGGUCAAACGAGGAGUCGGAAAUGCCUGCGAGAGCACAAGGGAGAUUCCAAAUUGUACUAGUGUGUAAAGCCACACCUCAAAAGUGUAUGUACAGAGCAAAGUAUUACAGUGUCGGGGGUUCUCUUUUUCUGUUUUGUAAUUCUCAACACAACCGAUGUUAAUAGUUUUUUAAGGGACCUCAUUUAUACAGACUUGCAUGGAUGUGUCAUUUAGCAACAUCCAUGCAGCAAAUGUCAAUUUACUCAAUGAGAUCAUUGUAAUUACUGACAAAACCUGUUGAGUUUUGUGGAUGUAUAAGCUACACAACAACAUUCAUUUGCAGAGUGAGAUAUCUUUCGUGGAAACUAUGAAGAGUUCUGUAAAUUUCCUAAGGCGUUGCUUUGAAAAUCAUUCCUGCUUAUAUAUGGACUAUAAUGUCCGAGUCUCCAAUCACACAGGGAAUAUUAUUGAAAUGUACAAUACUAUCAUUUGUUCUGUUAAAUGUAUAUAUUAUUACUUUCUACAUGCUUGUAGUCUGAGUACCAUGGCGACGACAGAAGGUCUGACAGUAAUCCGUUUAUGAAAGUGUGUUAAAAGCUCAAACAUUACUUAAAGAAAUGAAUUUUUUUUUUGUUUUGCUAAGGUCCUUGACUUGUGCAUGUUCUUACUGAGGACACGAUUUCUGUGUUGUAGAUAAGCAAGUGUUGUAAAUAGUUAUUUUCUAAUCAUUCGUCAAAAAGAGUCCAGUCAGCUCUUCCUACAUUAUGUUCCGAUCUUCGCCACUUACUGUCGGGUGACGUGUAUCUAGAAGAAAGGAUUUAUGAGUUAAUGCAGAUACAACUUUAUCAGAAGAAGACAGAUUUAGCUUCUCUCCAUGCGUCUGGAAAUGAACGGGAUAGGAUUAACGUGAACAGAUCAUGUUGAGUAUGUUUAUAUUUUCAGCAGAAUGUCAUAUAGAAAUAGUUUUGAGCUAGAUUCCCUGAUGACAAACAUUAUUUGCAACAGACAUUAUUGCAUUACACUUGCCUCCAAUUAUCAGAUUAAAAGUGUCUCAUGUGAUGACCUCACUCAGAACAGACUGGACCAGUCUGAGAGUGGCGGUGUAAACCUUUGAUAAUCCGUCUAAUAGGAAACUAUGAUCCUAACUAAUAACCAUGCAAGCACUUGAUCUGAUGGUUACUCCCUGGUUGGAAUAAAUCCAUUAAAUCUGAAAAUCUUCAACAACAUGUGACGUGACAAGAACAGAAACAUGGAGGUAUUAAAACCACCAACUGUUUGAAAAUAUGAAUGAAGCUGGAAUCAGUGUAGACGCCGACCAGACCUUGCAUUAACAUCUGUCCCUGCAAUCAGCUUAAAGUAUGUGUGUAAACGCACAGAGUGAUUCGAUCUGAGACCACAUUUGACCCCAUUAUCUUUUGGUAGUGUACUCUGUGAAAAGUUUUGCCUCAUUCAUUUAAUGAAAGAAAAAAAAAAAAAAAAGAUAGCCAGAAAAAGAAAAAAAGCACUGCAAGGGAUGUCGUUAAUUAGUAAUGAGAGCCUUUUAAAAUAUUCCGCCCUCGUAGCUGUUAACUAAAUAAUAAAUAAAUCCAAACAAGAAUUAAACAAAAUGAUUUAAUGAGUACACUGUGUGUGAUUCUGUCAUUAAAAAAAAACAUUCUGGCUUUUUGUGGGGAGUCACGUGAAGUUCAUUUAGUAUUUUCUUAAUAAUGAGCAUUGUCUUUAUUUAGUUAUGGCUGCAGAUUUAAUGCUUCAAACAGCACAAUGAUGAAAUUACGGUGUGUAUGAAAGCUUUAAGAGUUCAGUUGUUUCAGAGGAAAAUCUCAAUUUAUAACUAACGCCGAGGCAGAGAUUGAUAAAUAAAUGCGUUUGUUCACAGCUUUCAAAAUUGUUUCAAAAUAUGUAUCAUUUCAAGAUGCACACACAAGAACUACUAUGACAUCCCUUAAUUUUAGAGAGCAACUGUAUGCAAUAUGGUAUGCUCCGUAAAUGUGGCAAAAAUGGCAUUUAUUUGCAUACAGAGUAUGAAACUGAGAUCGGACCUCGAUUGGUAGCUGGGCGUAAGGUGUAACCGCAGGUAUUUAAAGCGAGCCAUUUCUAUUCAGAUUACCUACUUCAGAUUUUAAUGCAAGGUCUAAACAUUUUUUUUUUGCUAUACUGAUUGACAUUUGGAAUCUGAUCAGGUUUUAAUAUUGUCCAUGUGAAAACAUAGUCAGUGUCUCCAAUUUAGCCCCAGAACAAAAGCAUACAAAGUUUUUUUUUUUCCUGUUGUACAACCUAUGAUCAAAGUUACAAUAUUUUACAGAAAUAUGGUGACGUUCAUUCUAAAUAAUAAUAAUAAUAAUAAAUGUGAUUUUAUAGGUUACAUGAACAUCCUCUAAAAUUCUUGUAGGCCUAUAUAGUUGGGUUCACAUUUGGGAUACAAUUCCUCUGCGUUGCAAAAUGAAGCAAAUGAAUUUCAAAUUAAACGCUUUGUUUUUUUUAAUCCUUCAGCUAUGUUUAGGCAUAGGUGGCAGAGGAUUACUGGCUUUGAGAAACAGCUGAUGGAUUAUAUUGAAAUUGCAUUCAUGCAAGUUCCCCUACAUAAAUUUAAGAUCACAGACUUGCAAAACUAACAACAUCACUUAGGCUGCAUUUUGCAAUAAGUGGGAGUUGGUGAAUGUUAGCAUGCUAAUGUGCUAAAGAUCCACAUGUUACCACUGCCAUACUAUCAUUAGCAUUUGGCUCACUACUAAACAAAGCAUGGCUAUAGACUGUUUAUUACUUAACCAGAGCAACAGAAGGGUUGGUACCGUUAGCAAACACUUGCUGUGUUUCCAUUACCCCUAGAAAUGUGCAAAACCUAAAUAAAAUAGUAAUAAUAGAAAAUGGUAAUGAAAACACCUACAUUUAAAAAAAAAACUCACAUAACGCUAAAACAUUUCUACGGUCUCAUGAGGUGGUUUUUCGGACAUAUUGAUAUAAAAGUGUAUCGUGAAAGUGCAAUGGAAACACUAUUGUCACAUUUCCCCGUCACCGGAGAUGACGCAGGGGGUCAUGUGACCAG